AUGGGUCAAGCUGAAAGUGCUGAAGCACAACCAACCACAACAACCGCAACGGGUUCGAAUUCAAAUUCCAAUCCCACUUCUCUGGAAUCCGUAAUCGCAGAAGCUGCUGCAUAUGGAAAUCAAAACACUGAGAAUGUUGAGGAAAUGGCUCAGAAAGCUCUUGAAUGUCCUUGCAUUGCUGACCUUAGAAGUGGUGCUUGUGGGUCUCAUUUCUCAGAGGCUUUCCUUUGUUUUAUCAAGAGUACUUCUGAAGAAAAGGGCUCGGACUGUGUAAAUCAAUUUGUUGCUCUGCAGAGCUGCAUCAAAGCCAAUCCAGAUGCGUUCUCUAAGGACAUUCUAGGCGAAGAUGAAAGCGUUGAAUCAGAGCCAGUCCAAGAAUACAAAAUAAUUCCUCCUGAUUGGGCUAAGGAAUCUAAAAAGUCCAAGUCAAAGCUUUAA